AUGACCUCAAGCACCGAAGGCCGUUCAAAUGGCGAGAACAGCCAUACGAUUGCCAAUGGAGUCGAUCGUGAGGUUGAUCACGUCGCCCCUGAUCAAGAAAAGCCUACUCCGUUGCCCGUCUUCCAGCUCUUCAUCGUUUUCUUGAUCCAGUUUGCAGAACCCGUCACAGCCACGGCCAUCUAUCCGUUCGUCAUCCAAUUCGUGAAGGAUACAGGCGUCACACAAGGGGACGAGAGGAAAACGGGUUACUUUGCUGGUAUCAUAGAAUCGACCUUCUUCUUCGCGGAAUGUCUCACUGUCGUGCAAUGGGGCUAUCUUGCAGAUCGAUUUGGCCGUCGACCAAUCUUGAUGUUAGGGCCUUUGGGACUCGCAAUUGGGAUGCUACUCUUCGGCUUGUCGACAACGUUUUGGCCGCUAGUGUUCUCUCGGGCUUUGCAGGGUGUCUUCAAUGGAAAUAUCGGUGUUUCUAAGAGUGUCAUGGCUGAGAUCACCGACUCCACAAAUAUCGGAGAUGCUAUCGCUUUCAUACCACUCAUGUGGAGUACUGGGGUGACCAUUGGGCCUAUCAUGGGAGGCAUGCUCUCUAACUCGGCCACUCGCUGGCCAAAUACACUGGGUCGAAUCCACCUUCUGAAAGUACACCCAUACCUCCUUCCGUGCGCGGUUGCGUCAUGCAUUGCAUUUGGAACUUUCGUCAUCGCGGCUUUCGGCCUCAAAGAGACUUUACCGUCCCUUGUUGCCAAACAGAAGCGAGAAAACCGGAUUAGGGAUGCAUCCAAUGACCUUUUUGAAGCUGUACCAUCCGAAGACAGCCCCUUGAUCACCCAUGAACAAAACUUAGGCUAUGGCACUGACCCCGCCUCAAAUCAAGGUCACCGUGCCGACCUGCUGGAAGUGCCCACAGUGGACACUUCUUCCGAAGCUUCAGAAGGGUUGCGUGCUAUAUUCACUCGUCCUCUCCUUAUAAUCUUCAUCAAUCUCAUCUUCCUCGCUCUUCUGGAAAUGAGCUACUCAGCGCUUUUACCACUCGUGUACUCCACCUCCAUCGAAUUUGGAGGGCUUGGAUUGGACCCAUUCCACAUCGGGGUAAUUCUAGGAACUUUUGGUUUCAUCAACUCCUUUGUCCAGAUGUACUUCCUCGGUCAGUUGAUACGAGCCCAUGGGCCGCGAAAGCUGUUCAUCGUGUCGUUCUCUUGCUUCAUCGUCAGCUUUUCCUCGUAUCCAGUCAUGAGCUUCUUCGCCCGUCGGGCUGGAAGAGUGGAUACCAUUGUCAUCGCCUGCAUUUGCAUACAGUUUGGUUUCCAGAUGAUGAUUUACAUGGCCUUUGGUUCACUCCAGGUCUUGCUGGUGCAAUCCAUCCCAGAAGGCGGGCCGAUGGGCAUGGUCAAUGGUGUCGCCCAAAUGCUGUCAUCGGGCACGCGGUCCAUCGCACCAACCUUCGCUUCUUCGCUCUUUUCCGUGUCGUUGCAACGUCAGCUUCUUGGCGGAAAUCUCGUCUAUCUCGUUCUCAUCGGUUUAGUUCUUGCCGGCAUUCAAGCCGCCCAAUUCCUUUCAAACCCACCGGAGAAGAAGGAAAACAGGAGGUCGCAGCAGUCGACGUGA